UCUGAGCUGCUUCCGCCGACGAGCCCCACGUCGCCACUUGGCAUAGGCAAUGGACAUUGGGUCGUUGCCCCAUCUGCGGCCAAGCAGGCUUGGCAACGUCAGAAGGAGCUGUACGGUGACUCGAACCCAACAAUUGACGCCAUAAUGGAGAUGACGGGGCUUGAGGAUGUCAAAAGCCAGGUCCUCAAGAUAAAGAAUAAGAUUGACACGACCUCCAGGCAAAGCGCGAAGCUUAGCGAAGAGCGGCUCAAUGUAUGUAUGCUCGGGAAUCCCGGAACGGGUAAGACCACUAUCGCAAGACUUUACGGCAAGUUUCUGGCGUCUGUAAAUGCUGUGCCUGGGUCGGAAUUCGUAGAGACGACAGGUUCACGCCUGGCGAAUGAUGGAGUACCCGGCAUCAAGAGUCAGAUCGAGGACCUACUCGACGGAGACGGUGGCGUAUUAUUCGUGGAUGAGGCAUACCAGCUGACGAACGGCAGCAACUUCCAAGGCACCGCAGUCUUGGACUAUAUCUUAGCAGAGAUGGAGAAGCUCGUCGGAAAAAUUGUUUUCAUUUUUGCUGGCUAUAGGGAUGAGAUGGAGAAAUUGUUCGAGCACAAUCCAGGAUUGCAAAGCCGCAUCCCUUACACGUUCCGUUUCAACAAUUACAGCGAUGCUGAACUACUAGAAAUGCUGUCAGGCUUGGUGGAGAAGAAAUGGGGUGGAAGGAUGCAGGUCGAGGCCGACAGCCACGGGAUCAGAGGCCUUUUGGGGCGCAUUGCUGUUCGGCGGCUAGGGAGGCAGAGGGUAUCAAAAAACUUCGGCAAUGCAAGAGCAUUGGCGACCAUGUUCUCCAAGAUAACCGAACGACAGGCGGACAGACUGAGUAAGGCACGAAGAGAGGAAAGGUCGGAAGAUGACUUUCUGUUGACCCAGGAGGAUAUCAUGGGGCCCGAGCCUGCAAAGGUCCUAGAAGCCAGCCGAGCCUGGAAGAGACUGAAAUCCCUGAUCGGACUGGACGCGGUGAAGAGGACAGUUCAAGACCUCUUCACCAUGGUUCAGGCCAACUACCAACGGGAAUUGAAGGAGAAAACCCCGUACCAAGUUUCUCUCAACCGUGUUUUCCUAGGCUCUCCGGGCACAGGAAAGACGACGGUUGCGAAGCUAUACGGUCAGAUCCUCGCAGAGCUAGGUCUUCUUUCCAAUGGCGACGUCGUUACAAAGAACCCCUCAGAUUUCAUCGGUGGUGCUCUGGGACAGUCCGAGAGCCAGAUGAAAUCUAUUCUUGCAUCCACUGUUGGAAAGGUCCUGGUAAUCGACGAGGCCUAUAUGCUCGGAAACUCUGGUAGCAGCAAUGGUUCGGAUUCCUACAAGACGGCUGUCAUAGAUACAAUAGUCGCCGAGGUUCAGAGUGUGCCAGGGGAAGACCAUUGCGUUCUGCUACUAGGGUACAAGGACCAGAUGGAAGAGAUGUUUCAGAGCGUCAAUCCGGGGCUCUCCCGCCGCUUUGCAAUAGAGCACGUGUUCGUAUUUGAAGACUACACCGAUGCCCAGUUGAUGCAGGCCCUGGAGUGGAAGCUCCGAGACCAGGAUCUGAGCGCUACAGACAAGGCCAAAACAGUCGCUAUCGAAACACUGAGUCGCUUGCGGAACCGCCCCAAUUUUGGGAAUAUCGGAGAGGUCGAGAAUGUACUUUCCCAGGCGAAGUUGCGGCUCCAGUCACGCCAGAUGGCGUUGCCUGCGGAAAGGCGGUCGCACGACGCGCCCUUUCAGCCAGAGGACUUCGAUCCCGCGUUCGCGCGGGUUGAAUCGGCUUCAGCAAACUUAGCAAAGCUGUUCGAGGACGUGGUCGGCUGCGAAGACAUCAUUCAGAAACUAGCGGCGUGGCAGGUGACAGCGAAACGUUUGAAGGCGCGAGGGAAAGACCCGCGCGAUCACGUCCCAACGAACUUCAUCUUCAAAGGACCACCGGGCACCGGCAAGACCACGACGGCUCGCAAAAUGGGAAAGGUUUAUUACGACAUGGGGUUCCUCUCCUCAGCAGAGGUCAUGGAGUGCUCAGUGUCCGACCUAGUAGGACAAUACGUCGGCCACACUGUGCAGAAAACACGGAGGGUCUUCGAGAAAGCGCUGGGGAAAGUCCUUCUGGUCGACGAGGCAUACCGCCUUAGCGAAGGGCAGUACGCCAAAGAAGCCGUGGACGAGAUCGUCGGCAUCCUGACCCAGGAACGCUUUCGUGGUAAACUCAUAGUCAUAUUCGCCGGCUACGAGCAAGAGAUGAACAACCUACUGACGGUGAACAGUGGUCUGGCAAGCCGUUUCUCUGAAGAGAUAGUGUUCAGGCACCUCUCCCCGGAGAAUUGCCUGAAAAUCCUGACGAGAAACCUCCGCAACCAAGACAUCCAACUUGCUGGUCCGUCAGAUCAACGGCGCCGAGAAAUGAUAUCUAUCCUUGAGGGAUUGCAGAGGCUGCCGUCCUGGGGAAAUGCCAGGGACAUGGAGACACUUUUGAAAAGGCUCACCAUUUUCGUCCUGUCUUCUCUGGACAGCACC